AUGUCGUGGAAAACUUGGCAAUCAACGUCAUGGGCAUCCAAUUCGCACUCUUCCAACAACAACAGCUGGACCACUUCGGGAUGGCAAACUCCUGAGAAGAGGAAGAGUGAAUGGAGUGAGCAACAACAGUGGGACUACGGAUCCCCAACUGGAGUGCCCUUUGUUGAAGGGUUGCCGGAUGAGUUUAAGCCAGACAAAACUCAUCUAGACACCAAGGAGAUCUACGGUAAGACCAUGUUGAGAUGCGUAGCGGCUACAAGCUGGGCAACAAAAUAUCGCCUGGCAGGCCGUGAACUUGCUGAUUUGCGUGUCACUGACUUAGUAUGGAAGGGAUGGAGAAACAACCAUCUCCGCGCGUUAAGCCAUGGACAAUAUGUUUCAGUCGUCAUCGCACGCCGUGUUAGCGAGUCUGUACUUACGUCACAGUUUCUCAGUUCUGUGAGAGAAAGCCGAUGGGACCUCGAUGAGGUUUCUGCUGAAUACUGUAGACAGAAUCCAGACAAAGUCUCCAUCAAGAGCUCUAUGAGCUCGGACGAGGUAAAGGCAGCUAGAACUCUUGCGUUGUCCAAUCAUAUCAUUGAUACGCUUCGUCCUUUUGCUGGAAGUGCUUCGGGUUCAUCGUCUUUUGCAGAUCAGAGUCAGCGAAUUGCAGACCUUCAGGCCCAAUUGGAAGCUGAAAAGGCUAAGAAUUCUACUUCUAACCCUGCAGCCAUGAAUCAGCCUCCUGCCAAGCGCAUGCGAUUAUGCAGUAAAACUGCUGCAAUCAAUGCACUGCCGAUUCAAGCCCCAGUGGCAGAUCCUACGCAAGAGCUUGUGGAUAAGGCUUUGGAUCCUGAUGCCAUUAUCAAUUCCCGAGUUUUCCAUGAAAUUCCUACUCAAGGGGUGGCCAAGUCGAACAUCUCCAAGUGGCUGAAGAAUGUUAAGUCCAAAGUGGGCCCGGAAAAGGCCCAAACCAUUGAGAAAGCCUUGGAGCUAUCUCAGCAGCUUCAUGCACAACUGGAUCCUAUGGUUGUGCAACGGCUUCGUGACAAGUGUGCUCAGAUCGGAUUGCCGGUACAGUGGGCAACCAAGAUCAAAGAGCCCGAGAUUUAUCAAGGAGGCAUGCAGUGCUACAACGCUGAACGCGUACUACGGAGUGCUCAGGUCUAUGAGCAGCUGAACAUGUAUGUGUCCCAAGCUAGCGUCUUCCUUCAGGAGUCAACCAAGAGAUCUUUUCUCAACAAGUACAAAUGGGGAAUCAAUCUUCGUACUAGCAGUCUUCCCAUUGCGUAUCUUUUAUUCAAGCGCAAGAAGCAGUAUCGCGUGGCUCGCCCCAUUAUCAGCUACAGCUUCUUUGUGUAUGCUCGCUUGUUUCGAGCCACAUCUAUUGUCUUGGACCUACUCAUCCGAGAUGUAUGUCCCUUAUCGUUUGGACUCGCAACAUUACCGCAAAUGUUAGGACAGCUGACAGCCUUUAUGCAACAACUACCUGAUGACUUUUCUGCUGAGGUACAUAAUCAAGACCUUAUUGGUUUCUUUACGUCCAUACCUGUGCAACGAAUACUGGACAGUGUUGGUGAAGUGGUUCAACGCUAUGUUCGCAAACAUCGUGCUGACAUUACCCAGGAUGUGUUCUCAGUUCGCUUGGAUUUGCAAGAUUCCAAGCUACGGGUAUGGAAAGGUCGUCCACGCAAAGGCGCCCAGAAGACGUAUUUGGUGUAUCUACAAGACAUUGUGGCGAUCUGUCGUCUUAGUUGCGAAUGCAGCGUUUUCACAGUUAUGGGUAAAGUUUUUCGACAACAGCGAGGAGCAACUAUAGGCAAUCAAAUCUCUCUUAUGCUUGCGAACCUUACCGUAUCGCUAUUAGAACAACGUUACAUGGAGGAGCACCAGCAUGUCUUUCGGCGAGUACCGCAUUUCUAUUGCGUGCGGUAUGUGGACAAUAGGUUGCUUAUCUGUAGUGCCGAUCACUCGCAUUACUCAGUCUUGCAGCACUUAUUCUCGGAUAUGUUUUACGAGUCGCCAGUUGAGCUUGAGCAAGUCAUCUCUAACGACGCCGACCAGGAAUUCCUAGGCUUCGACUUCAUCUCUGUUGAAUCUAGACUUCACCUACUGAUCAGAGACGAGCCCUGGAAAAUCAGACUUCCACAAAGUGCAGGACCUCUACAUCAAAAGCUUGCUGCUUUCACUUCGAAGAAACUGAGCAUCCUUCGUCAUGUUUGGCCUCCUGAAGAUCGUGUAGAUCAGCUUAGACUUCUCACACAGUUGUUUUUGAAGGCGGACUUUGACCCAGCGUUACUUCGCUAG